AUGGCCUGGCCGCAGCUCCGGUGCUGCCGCCUCGUUCCCUCGCUGCACGGGGCCCUGGGGCUGGCUCCUCUGCUGCUGCCGCUGCUCCUGGCGCUGCGCGUCGGGCUCGGGGCCGACUGCCAGUGCCAGGCCCCAGCGCUGUGCCGAACCAUCACCCAUCGCUCAUCGCCCCGACUUCGAGGAGAUGUAUCCAUAAGGGAUAUCAUUAAUGCUACUUUAAGAGCAUCCUGGUUAGCUCAACAAGUUAAGCUGGCCAAAACACAAUAUAUGGAUGGAAUUAAUCUAAGAUUAAUUAAUGGACAAGAAGUUGCUCAUUCAUCACAUGAAUAUUAUGCGUUAACUGCUUUAGUCAAAGAAACUGCAGACUCUUUCCAUCGUGAAAUUGAGGGAUCACAGGUAACAUUUGAUGUAUCUUGGUCUCCAAACUGCUUAGGUAGGAGGUGCUAUAAUUAUACUGGAAUUGCAGAUGCUUGUGACUUUCUCUUUGUGAUGUCUUAUGGUGAACGAAGUCUGGUCUGGUCACAAUGUAUUGCAGGAGCCAAUUCUCCCUAUACUAAGACAUUAACUGGAUAUGAUGACUACAUCAAGAUAGGCAUUAACCCUAAGAAACUUGUAAUGGGUAUUCCCUGGUAUGGUUAUGAUUAUACCUGCCAAAAUCUAUCAGUGAAUCAUGUUUGUACCACUGCAAAAUACCCUUGUAAAGAUGCUGUAUACCGUCAGGUGGCCUAUCAAAUGAUCAUGAAGCAAGUAAAUAGUUCUACUUCUGGAAGACUGUGGGCUAAAAUUCAGCAGUCUCCUUAUUAUCACUAUCAAGAUCAGGCUGGGCAUUUUCAUCAAGUGUGGUAUGAUGACCCUCAGAGCAUUUCUCUAAAGGCAGCAUAUGUACAAAACCGUGGCUUACUCGGCAUUGGCAUGUGGCAUGCAAACUGUCUUGACUACUCUGGAGAUGCUAUAGACAAACAGCAAACUGAAGAAAUGUGGAAAGCUUUAAAACCAAAGCUGUGA